AUGGCGCGGACGGACGGGCAGCUUGCGCUGCUCCACGUGCAGCGCGCCAAUCGCCCGCGCAUUGCGCCAAUCCUCCGCGUUGUCGCUACUGGCGCAGCCCCGCUCCCCGCGGUGGCGCUCGCGGCGCAAGGGCAGCUCGCGAAAGGGCAGGCGGCGCAAGCGCAACUGGCGCAGGGACAGACGCAACCAGUCGCGGGGCGCGGAGGAGCGGUAGCGGCGCCACAGCAAGCUGGGCCUCCGGGGAAGAGCGCUCCCCCUGCCGCCACUUCUGCCGCUCCGCCUGCGUCUGCCGUUCCCCCGCCCGCUGCUGCUGCCCCGCUUGCCGGCGCCGCCGCCCCGCCCUCCGCCUCCCCCGCGGAAGCGGCGCGCGAACAGAAGGCAGUGGCGGAAAAGAGGUUGAGCGAACGGGAUAGGCGAGAGGGUAGAGAUGGGGAAGAGAGAGCAGGGGCGGGCGGUGCAGAGGAGGCAGAGCAGCAGCGGAGCAAGAGGGCUGCGGGGGAGAGGAGGGGCACAGAGCAGGGGAGCAGCGGUGCAGGGGAAGAGGGAGGUGUGGGGCGGGCGGGGGGUCACAAGGCCAUGCCUGGUGGGGCAUCACACAAGGAUGCAGCAGCGGAUCGCGCAGCGGCAGCCAUGGCCGCCGCCAGGAGCCUGGGAGGCCUGGGAGGGGGGGGGUUGGACUGGCCCCUCGUUGACACUCCCGAGGGUUUAGAGACAGAGACCUGUGCGGACGCCCAGCCCACUCCUGAGAGCCUUGAAUCCCCGGAGAAUCCCGAGGAUUCAGUGAGUUUUGAGGCUCUUCAGAUGCGUGUGAAGGCUGUAAAGGCGGCAGAGGUGGCGGUGGGGAAGGGUGGAGCAGAGGCGCGGGGGAGGGGUGGGGGCAAGGUGGGUGUGGUGGGGGAGGGGGAGAAGAGUGGUGUGGGAGCAGUAGUGAAGACUGUAUUAGCAGCUGAGGCGAGGGGUGGGGAUGGGGGGGGUGGGGGGAUGGGGGAGGUGGGUGGUGAUGGUGGCAAGGGAGACGAGUGGAUCGUGUUGGAGCCGGGAGAGGAGGAAGAGGAGGAUGAGAGAGGGAUGGGACGGGGAGUUGAGCGGGAGAGGCAGGGAAGGAUUGCAGGGGAGGGGGAGGGAGAGGAGGAGAGUGUGGAUGUGGAGGAGGCUGAUGACGAUACUGAUGAGGAGGGGGGGGGAGGGGGACGAUGA